ACGAAUCACAGGCGAAAAUGGCAGACGACGUGAUACAAGUGGACGUGUGGAAAGGUGAUUGGGGUUUACCGUCUGUUGACCCCAAUUGUCUGGCAGUUCUGGCAUAUUGUAAGUUUUCUGGUGUACCAGUGAAAGUAAAAAAAUCAGGCAACCCUCUUUGGUCACCAACAGGAGAUUUCCCAGUGCUUUAUCACAGAGAAUUCCUAGAAACGACAGUUCCUGACAUAUUCAGCUACCUGAGGAAGCAGAAUUGGGGGACUGACUUUGAUUUAACCCACAAACAGAGUGCUGAUGUGAUUGCAUUCUCCUCCAUGUUGGAAGAGAAGCUAUUACCUGCAGUGUUACAUUCAUGGUGGAUGGAUGGGAAGAAUUAUGUUGACUUGACCAGACCCUGGUAUGCAAAGGCAGCACCUUUUCCUCUUAACUUCUACAUCCCUGGUAAAUUGCAAAGAAGAGCGGAAUCUAGGAUAUUUCUUGCAAAAAGAACAGACAAUUUAAAUGAUGCAGACAUUGAAGGAAAGAUCUAUCAAGAUGCUAAAGAGUGUUUAAAUCAUCUGUCGUACAAGUUAGGGGAUCAAGAUUUUUUCUUUGGGAAAAUGCCGUCCUCACUGGAUGCUCUGGUCUUUGGUUACCUGGCUCCAUUACUUAAGGCUCCGUUCCAGGGAAGUCAGUUACAAAACCACCUUAGGGGAUGUGAGAACCUUACAACUCUGUGCACAAGGGUUCUACAGAGGUUCUUUCCUCUGGAUCCAGAAGAGCUAGAAAAGAAGCGUCAGGAAGAAGCGGAAGCCAAAAAGCAGCAGAUGGAGAGUUUAGAUUUCCCACAUCGUCGGCGGAAUAUGAUUCUAGCGGGACUGUUUGCCCUGUCGGCCAUGAUAGGUUACGCGUUACUCAGCGGCCUGGUGCAGAUUGAAAUCACGGAUGAGGACAGUGAACUUUUGAAUGGAUUCGAUGAUGAUUCAGAAGACCAUGACGAAUGAUAGGAAUUUAUUUAAUUAGGACUGAAUAAGUUAGGAUUGCCUGAGAUUUGUUGAUUGCAAAGUCUACAGUAUGUAUUUUUGCAGGGUUUUAAUGAAUACCUAGUCCUGACCAAGUGUAAUAAUAUUUCUUCAGCGAUGAUCUGUGUGUUGACCCAUGUGGACUCAUACUUUACUUAUGGCUAUUAAAUGUCACGUUUUGUCAGGGCUUAUAUCUGCUGGUUUGUUCCAUGGUGAAUCUCUUUGUAAUGUAUAUAACAGAUCCACAGGUGUAACUAAAUAUAACAUCUGCCAUCAUUGAAGGAAAGGCUUCUUUGACAAUUUCAUUACACAUUUAUCUGAACUAGUGCUGUGCCUGUUUGUGAGUUCAGCAUUGCCUAAUUUGCAUAUAUAGGCAAUAAGCAGUUUUCUUGAAUAAUGGAUGCCUUCUAUGGGAUGAGUGGUUGUGGGGAGAAAAUUCAGAGAUUCCAUCCGUUACUUAAUAGUUACAUUUUUGUUUGCUGAUUGAUUCAAGGGUGUGGAUGCAAUGACGGCAGGUUAGCAGUGAUCUGACAAAUUGUUCAGUGUUUUUCAAUCGUCACAGUGCUUUCUGUGUUAUAAUAUUAGGGACCAUGGAGUUUUCAACACCAGAGGCCAGUUCGUCAUUGUAUAAAUUUGAUUGCAUGUGUGCAUUCUUAUGAAACAUCAUGGUUCUUAAGCAUACACUGUUCAGCAUUCAAAGCUGGGACAUAUAUCACUACCUUUGGUAAUCGGUCUUGCGAUGAGACACAACUGAUGAAUCUUCCCAUACAUAUAUGACCGAGCCAAAUGUUUCAUUUGGAGUUUCACUUUAAAGGGUUGGGGGUAAGGAUUUUUCAGCGUUGAUAGAUUCUUUCCUGACUACAUUAAUAUGAUGUACAUGUUUACGGACAUCGUUGUGGAUACUCUUGGUUGCUGAUUUCAUUCAAGUACUUGUGCCGAUGUUUACUAUCAUAAAUGUAAGCAGGAACGAUUAUCUGCUGUAUUUGUUGUCUGUUCCAUUAACCAUAUCAAACAGAAAAGAAGUGAAAGCUGGUACAUGUAUUUGAUGUCAGGUUAUAUUUCUGUUGCGGAGACUAAAAAGAGCGGCCAACUGUCAUGAUCAAGGCAGAAACUAUAUAUAAACGCUGCCUAGGAGACUGGAUUAUGUAGGAAUGGUGUGUAAAGUUUUGUUUGUCAGUUGUAUAACUAUACGCAGCUAGAAUAUUAAAUAUUAUCUAUUUUGUAAUAUUUAAUUCAUCCGUUGUUUCUUGUAAUGAAUAUACUGUUACGCAAUUAUUUUUGGGCUAAAUACUUAAUUGAAGACUUGACUUAAGUUAAAUCUGGUAUUUACAACAGUUUAGAACAUAGGACCCAGGCGAUUACCAACUUAAUCGCCUUUUUAUCUGUCUACGCUUGGGAUAGAAAUGUCCAAUUUGUUUCUGGUUCACGGUGACGGAGACCAAAUUUAUUGCUUGUUGUUAGUCGUAUCCCACGACCGAUUUGACAGUAGCUCCUGGAUGAUUAAUGGACACUAUUGUGGAGCCACAACUCGUUGUCUUCGUUAACUUGGUGGUUCUCCAGAGAAAAGGCCUGAAACAAGAUGAGCGUGUCAACAGAGGUCGUGAAUCAAAGCUCGAAACAUUCCCCUAGGUGAAGGACGUAAAAAGGUGUAGGUCAGCAGAACACCUCUGCAUUAUGAUACUAGUAAGGUUAGGGAACAUAACGUGUCAUUCGUGGAAGAUUUAGCCUGCGCAUACACAUUACCAAGUGACAAUUUGGUCUCACUGGCGGGAUACCUCUGGGACACGUGUCUGCCUGUUCAGAAGAAUAAUGGUCCACUUUCCACUAGCUUCCACGAUUGUCUUGGAAUUUCUUGCCUAUUCUUCACCACUGACUCAGUCUGAGCCUUGUUCCGCAUUCAUUGUAUA